UAAUGUGGAGUUGCCAGAUUUAUCUUUCAGUUGCAGCAUAGUGGACGACAGAUAAAGUGUGUGUUUAGUCGAGAAGAUACCAGGAUAACUCGCCAGUUCAGACUCUUUGCUCUAACGUGGAUUUGGAUUGUAUGUACAACAUGACAUUUGAGGAACUAAGUGGAGAUUAUUCUCAAGAAAGAAUGGAUUCAGUGGCGAAAGCUUUGGAAGAAGUCCUCACCUCUGCGUUACCACAGGGCUGCAUUACAGUCGGAGUGUACGAAGCUGCCAAAUCACUCAAUGUAGACCCUGAUAAUGUGGUUUUGUGCAUCCUCGCCACUGAUGAUGAAGAUGUGAAAGAUGUGGCCCUGCAGAUCCACUUUACCCUCAUUCAGGCUUUCUGCUGUGAGAAUGACAUCAACAUCCUGAGAGUCAACAACACCCGGCGCCUGGCAGAAAUACUGGGUGGAGGAGGAAAACAGGGUGGGAGUGAACCUAUGGACCUACACUGUGUCCUGGUCACUAGCCCACAUUCGACAUCAUGGAAGGACCCUGCUUUGAGCAAAGUGAACAGAUUUUGCAGAGAGAGCCGCUGUAUGGAUCAGUGGGUACCCAUCAUCAACCUGCCCGGACGAUGAACUUUUAGCUGCAAAAACCUGCGGAAGGACUUGUAUCUGCACAGUAAGAGUGGGGUGAACCCUGAUGGACAUAUUACCACCCGGAGAUCAAAUUCCAAAGCACUGCUGAAGGGGAAAGAAAAAUUUGGAGGAAAAAAUGACUCUGCUGUCUACAUGGGUUGUAUUUAAAAGAAGAAGAAAAAAAGAGCUGGGUGAUGGAAUUCCUCCAUGGACAGGACUGUUUGGAGUUGCUUCUGUCAGCCUUGGCAAUCAAGAUGAGAUGGCGAGGCACUUGUAUCGUCAUGAGGCACUUGUAUCGUCAUGGGGUGGAAGCUUCUGAAAGCAUGUGAAGCCGGACACUGUACAGAAAGAUCAUAUCAUGUGUGUUUGGUGAAGCCUCUGACGAGUCAGAGAAGUGGGGAGAAACCAGAAAUUGGAGCUGUUGAGUGGACCAAGGCCUCGGCCUCUCUCUGCAGAAACAAAGCACUUGUUUAAACACUGGACCUUUUGCAAUUUCACUUAUUUGAUUCAAAUUGUCAAUGUUGACGUUGCUAAUGUCCUAAUUUAAAAAGGGAAAGGCUACACAUCCAGUGAAGACAUUCUAUGUAUUUAGUGUUUCCUAUGCCAGCUGUUUUUUUGCCACAAGUUAAAUAAUUAUUUUGUUACAAUUUAAGUUAUUUUUAAUGAUAUUUAAGUGUAUUUAUGUUUCAUUUUUUUUACCUUAACUAUUUGCAAAAUCUGAAUACAUAUGUAUUGCUGUCAAUAAAAGUUUUUUUGGAAGCCAAAACUG